GUAACAAUUCUGUGUCUGUCCCUGAGUAACAAUUCUGUGUCCCUGAGUAACAAUUCUGUGUCCCUGAGUAACGAUUCUGUGUCCCUCAGUAACGAUUCUGUGUCCCUCAGUAACAAUUCUGUGUCCCUGAGUAACGAUUCUGUGUCCCUGAGUAACGAUUCUGUGUCCCUCAGUAACGAUUCUGUGUCCCUGAGUAACAAUUCUGUGUCCCUGAGUAACGAUUCUCUGUCCCUCAGUAACGAUUCUGUGUCCUCCUGAGUAACGAUUCUGUGUCCCCUGAGUAACGAUUC